AUGUCGCUCAAGCCUGAUUCCCCGGACGGCGGAAGGAGUGACGGGCAGAUGCUUUCCGCAAAUGGCAGCAGCAGUGGGAGUGGGAGUGGGAGUGGGAGCAGUCACAGCCAGGCCCCUAGCACGCGUCGUCUAUCAAAGUCAGGGCCAGAGCUCCCCAGCUCCGAUCAAAAAGAUGGCCAUCAGGCUCUGAGAAAGUCGUCGUCUCCACCUCCAAAAUCACCCCGAGCUGGUCACAACACCCCGCCAGCAAAGUCUCGAUUCACAAAAUUCUUCCGUUGGCUGUUCAGUCCGUUCGCCAACUUCUUUAUUACCAUCUACAAUCUCUUUUUCCGCCGCAACCCAAAGCCUAAAGCUCUUUUGGAUGAGGACCAAGAAGCAAAGAUGGAGAAUCGAGGACCCGCCGCCGGCAACAUCAACGAUCGGCAGACCAAGGAGAAUGUCAACCCUAGACUCAAUCAUGCGGUUGCCAACCUUACCAUACGGGAUGCCGCCGCACCUGUAUUCCCGCCUAUGAAAUCAACCAACGUCCCACUUGUGCCUGUCGUGCCGGCUGGAGCGCCACUGAAGUCGGUUGGCAUACUCGAGGAGGAGGACGAGGAUCCAGCGCGCAAGGCCGAGCGAGCUAUUCAUCAGGGUUUUAUCGAAGAGGCUCUCGAUAUGGCUCGCCUUGCUCUUAAGACAAACGAGACGCCGGUCGGCUGCGUCCUGGUCUACAGGGGACGGGUCAUUGCCAAAGGCAUGAAUGCAACUAACAUCACACGAAACGGCACCAGGCACGCGGAAUACAUGGCCCUCUCUUCUCUCUUCGCCACUAAACCUGAUGCGCCGCCGCCUUCACACCCUAGCUGCAAGCACGAGGUUGACGACCCCGGCGAGUGGGACGCUGUCGACGUCACCAAGAGCUACUUGUACCCCUACGGUCAGAAGCUGCACCCAUCGCCCCGCGUCACGGCAUCUAUUGUCCAGGAAAGCACCCUGUAUGUGACGGUCGAGCCUUGCGUCAUGUGCGCCUCGCUACUGAGGCAGCUGAAAAUCAAGAAGGUUUACUUUGGAGCCGUGAAUGACAAGUUCGGUGGCACUGGUGGUGUGUUCCGUAUCCACACGAACUCGACCUCGGUCAAGGAUGUUCCGUCACAGCCAACACGAAGGGUUAUGGGCGGUCGGAUUGUGCGCGUUAAUCGAGAUGGCAGCAGGGUUAGUAUCGAUGCUGUUGAUGAUGAAUCUGCGCAACCCACCCAACAACCGGGAUCGUCUGCUGGUCAACAGCAGCAUCUCCAACCCACAUCGUCUUCUGUCUCCUCGACUGGAGUUAUGACACCUCCCUCCUCGGCUCCGUCUCCUGGUCCGGCUCGUUCGAUGUACCAGAUGGGAGAGUACGCACAAGCAAACCAGAAAUGGGCGAUCAAUCCCAAGCCGCCGGCCGAUCCGCCUCAAGGGCCCACAUCCCACUAUGAUGGGGACGGCGGCAACGUCGAGAAUGGCUAUGAGGCCGAGGGAGGCUGGGGUCGCGAUGAAGCCGUGACAGUACUGCGACAGUUCUAUGUCCAGGAAAAUGGACGCGCUCCUGUGCCGCGGAAGAAGGAAGGAAGGGCAGCACGUCUAGCCGCCAUGAUGGAGAAGGACGGUAUCAGCCCUGAGAUCGACCUCAAGGUCGCGACCAACGCACCGGCUUCAGCGCCUGCAACAGUGGCUGGCACUCCUGUGGAGGAAAAGGAUGAAGAUGCGGCGGGCAUGGACGUGGAUGGCGGUGGAGACGUCCUGGAAGUUCCAACUCCCAUGUCGGAGGUCGCUUAGAUGGUGCCCCCGAUUCCUAUGUGAUCCACGCCCCGCACGAUUUGAUAUGAGGCUGUGAGAAGAAAUGGCAUAGUUAUGGCGCUUGGGUUUUUUUUUUAGUAGAAUGGUCGAGAAAGAUGUGAUUCCGUUAUCUCGUUCUGACGGCAUGUUUUAUUUUGAUUUACUUUGCA